AGUGCAGAGAUGCUGGUCCGACUGCAGCGGCACGAUCAGUCGUGGAUCUGGCUGUACGUCCGUGCGACUCUGGACCGAGCCAGAGACGUGAUCGUCUGCACAAACCUCGCCGUCAGUGAAGCGGAGGCCGUCUAUCUCCGAGACAAACUGUACAGCGCUGCGCAGACGUCUCAGCCGGCUUGUGUCCCGAGAGACUGCGAUCAGCUCCGGAGGAGCUCAGAGACCAGCGCUGACUCGCUGCCGCUCUUCUUCUGCACCCCGCCCUACAGCCCCAAUUCCUCCCACUGCUCCUCUGACUUCCUGUCCGAGGGGUCCGGCGCACUCUGUCCACCUCAGCCGUCCUCUGACCCGAUCUCUGACCUGUUCUCUCCUGCGCUCUGUCCGGCUGACGCUCACCUGGUCCCGGUGUACGGCACCUGCGAGGCUCUGGAGGACUUCGGUGUGUUUGUGACGCCGGAGCCCUCGCCCCCUGCUGAGGGGCCCUUGCUGUACAGCGAGACGGAGCAGGCGGAGAUCGGGACGCUGGCCCGGCAGAUCUGCUCUCUGGCCAGCAGCUUCGAUGCUUACAGCAGGACAGGGCCCGAUCCGGCCCCUGGGGCCCUCUGCUGGCCAGAGCCGCUGCUGGAGCCCGUCAUCCACUGCAUUCUCACAGACUGGGGCCGCUCCCACGCUUUGACCACCAGCCCACGAGCUCAAGGCCCUGACCCACGCUAG